UUGUUUUGCAGCAACGCGUACUUCACAGAAUCUAUAAAUUCACACGGUGGCCGCUGUCUCCGAAAGACUGCACCUACUCAGUAACGAAUUCUGCAACUAAGAAGAAAGGCCUGCCGGAGAAGAAGUGAUGGCGAUGACCAAGGCAAAGGACCUCAUUUCCUCCAGCCCCGUCGUCGUUUUCAGCAAGACUUACUGCCCAUUCUGCACCUCUGUGAAGAAGCUGUUGUCUGACCUGCGAGCUGCUUAUAAGGCCGUCGAGUUGGAUACCGAGAGUGAUGGAGCUGAGAUCCAAGCAGCAUUGGCACAGUUGACAGGCCAAAGGACAGUGCCUAAUGUCUUUAUCGGUGGCAAGCACAUCGGUGGCUGUGACGACACGAUGGCACUGAACAAGUCAGGGAAGUUGGUUCCUCUUCUUACCGAAGCUGGAGCGAUUGCUGCUACUACGGCUUCUGCUUCUUCCUAGAGCACUUUGUGGGUGGUUCUGAAUAAGAUCGUGUCUGAAGAACCUGAGUAGCGUAUGCCGUGGUGAAUGUAGUUGCCUUACAGGGCUGUGUUCAAUGGGAUUGAUCGUUUCUGGUUUGUGUUGUGGCUUUAAACUUUAUACUCGGUUGUGAGCUACUGAAUCUACUCUUGUAAAGUCUUAAAUCUACUGUGCCUUGCAGCAAGAGUCUUACUGUGUAGAGCCUAUCUCGUAUACUAGUCGUGAAAUGAACUCGGUACAAAGCUAGAUGU